CCGCCCGCCCGCGCGGGAGCAGCGAUGCCCAGGUACACGGCGCACGUGCGCGGCGAGUGGCUGGCGGUGCCCUGCGGGGACGCGGCGCUCACCGUGGGCUGGCUGGGCCGCGAGGCCAUCCGGAGGUACAUCAAGAACAAGCCGGACAACGGCGGCUUCGCCUCGGCGGACGACGCGCGCUUCCUCGUGCGCCGGUGCAAGGGCCUGGGCCUGCUGGACAGCGAGGACCCGCUCCACGCGGCCCUGGAGGACAACGAGUUCGUGGAAGUGGUCAUAGAAGGCGAUGCCAUGUCCCCCGACUUCAUCCCAUCGCAACCAGAAGGAGUGUACCUGUACAGCAAGUACCGGGAGCCUGAAAAGUACAUUGCCUUAGAUGGGGACAGUCUGACCACAGAGGAUCUGGUCAACCUGGGGAAAGGACACUACAAAAUAAAGCUCACCCCAACUGCUGAAAAGAAGGUGCAAAAAUCCAGGGAAGUCAUAGAGAGCAUCGUGAAAGAAAAAACUGUUGUUUAUGGUAUAACUACAGGUUUUGGGAAAUUUGCCAGAACUGUAAUUCCUGUCAAUAAGCUAGAAGAGCUCCAGGUCAACUUAGUACGUUCACAUUCUUCAGGUGUCGGGAAACCACUAAUCCCUGAAAGAUGUCGGAUGCUCUUGGCUUUAAGGAUCAAUGUCUUGGCCAAAGGAUACAGUGGCAUUUCCCUGGAGACCCUCAAGCGAGUUAUCGAAGUAUUUAAUGCCUCCUGCCUGCCCUACGUUCCAGAGAAAGGAACCGUUGGUGCAAGUGGAGACCUUGCUCCACUCUCUCAUCUUGCUCUUGGGCUAAUUGGAGAAGGGAAGAUGUGGUCUCCAAAGAGUGGCUGGGCUGACGCUAAAUACGUCCUGGAAGCUCAUGGAUUGAAACCAGUUGUUUUGAAACCAAAAGAGGGCCUGGCGCUCAUCAACGGGACACAGAUGAUCACGUCCCUGGGCUGUGAAGCCGUGGAGAGAGCCAGUGCUAUUGCACGCCAGGCAGACAUCGUGGCCGCCCUGACUCUGGAGGUGCUCAAGGGUACUACCAAGGCCUUCGACACUGACAUCCAUGCUGUUCGCCCUCAUCGUGGGCAAAUUGAAGUUGCUUUUCGGUUUCGAUCCCUCUUGGACUCAGACCACCACCCAUCUGAAAUAGCAGAAAGUCACAGGUUCUGUGAUCGUGUUCAGGAUGCAUAUACCUUGCGCUGCUGUCCACAGGUCCACGGUGUGGUGAAUGACACGAUAGCAUUUGUGAAGAACAUCAUUACCACAGAACUUAAUAGUGCAACAGAUAAUCCUAUGGUUUUUGCCAGCAGAGGAGAGACUAUUUCUGGAGGAAACUUCCAUGGUGAAUACCCAGCCAAAGCUCUAGACUAUUUGGCCAUUGGAAUCCAUGAACUUGCUGCGAUUAGUGAAAGAAGAAUAGAAAGGCUCUGUAAUCCCUCCCUCAGUGAGCUGCCUGCCUUCCUGGUGGCUGAAGGUGGCCUGAACUCUGGGUUCAUGAUUGCACAUUGCACAGCCGCAGCACUCGUUUCUGAGAACAAGGCUCUGUGCCAUCCCUCGUCUGUGGACUCUCUCUCCACUAGCGCUGCCACAGAGGACCAUGUCUCCAUGGGAGGAUGGGCAGCAAGGAAGGCCCUUCGGGUCAUCGAGCAUGUGGAACAAGUGCUGGCCAUUGAGCUUCUUGCAGCCUGCCAAGGAAUAGAGUUUCUACGCCCCCUGAGAACAACCACUCCUCUAGAGAAGGUCUAUGACCUCGUGCGCUCUGUUGUAAGGCCCUGGAUAAAAGAUCGCUUCAUGGCUCCAGACAUUGAGGCAGCACACAGGCUGCUCGUAGAACAGAAGGUUUGGGAGGUAGCUGCACCAUAUAUCGAAAAAUACAGAAUGGAACAUAUUCCAGAAUCCAGACCUGUUUCUCCAACAGCCUUUUCACUGGAAUUUCUACAUAAGAAAUCUACCAAAAUCCCAGAGUCUGGGGAUCUUUAGAGGGCUUUGUCAUGUAUUAGCAGAUCAGAGGGUACUUGGUUUAAUAGUAAAGCACAUUAUGCUGAAGAAGAGGCCUGAGGACUUUCCUGGGCAGAUCAAUUCAUUGUAUUAUUCAGUUCUUCUAUAAACCUCCUUUGGUUAGGCUGGCGACAGCAUUCUAGUCACUUCACUCCAGCACUGUGCUCUUGGUGACUUGGUUUGAGACACAGAAGCUGUUUUCAGAUUAUCAGAGUUUCCUUUCUUCCUUAACAAUAUCAACAGGCCACAGGCCACUUCACAUUAUUUGAACUCAGAUUUUGAAAUAAAUUGGUAGUAUUCUUUUCCAAAAACAUUAGACUUUUAUGAAUCUCUCUUUUUUUUCCUCUUUUCUUUUGGUUUGACAAGCUAAGCUCCCCACCAGAUGACUUUGGCUGAUUGAAUUAUACCAUGAUGUGAUGCGAUAAAUGUUCCUUAAUAGGCCUUGAUAAAUAACUUCUUUUAAAGUCAUAAUUUGUCCUGAAGCUUCUCUUUCUUCUAUUAAUUGCAUCAUACCACAGUCAAUAGGUCAACAAGAGGUUUUGUGUAAAGGAGGUAAGCAAUGAAUAUAGAGAUUGCUGUUGGAGUGGCCCUUAUUGAUAUUUAUGAAAUAAAUAUCUCAAAAAAAAAUCUCAGAUGCUUAA